AUAGGCGCUUCCUUUUCAAAAUUUCAAGCGGAAAAAAAAAAGAAAAAAAAAAGAAAAAUCGAACGCUUCAUUGCUGAGAGAGCGAAGAAAAUGACUGAUGUCGAGAGCAACUCCUAUGAAGAGAUCCGAAGGAAGAGAGUCCAAGAAAAUCUCAAGCAUCUCGAAGAUCUGGGAAUUUCAAAGAUCUCUAAAGGUCUCUUGGAGGUUGCACAAAUAGAACACAAGUUACAGAAAAGUUAUUCAAGCCCCAAACCUAAGAAAAAAUUUGAAAUAUCAGAAUUGAGGCGGUCUUCAAGAGAAAGAAAACCAGGAAUUUCAUAUUCUGAGGAGGCUUAUAAUGAAGAACUUGUGUCUCAUCGCAGAAGUUACAAAAGAUCAAUGAACAAAAAUGCUGAUAGAGCAUAUACUGGAAGAAUCGCUUCUUAUCAACAGAUAGCUGCUGCAGUAAAGAGAGCAGAGAAACUGGAGAUGGAUUUGAAAUCCCCCCAUCCUUCUUUUGUUAAAACUAUGGUCCGGUCACACGUAUCUAGUUGCUUUUGGCUUGGCCUUCCAACAAAGUUUUGCAAGGAUAACCUUCCUCUUUCUGAGCUCAGAAUGGUUUUAGAAGAUGAGGAAGGCAAGGAAUAUGAUGCUGUAUAUAUUGGGAAACGGACUGGCCUUAGCGGUGGAUGGAGAGGCUUUGCAUUGGACCACAACUUGGAAGAUGGAGAUGCUUUAAUAUUUGAACUUACUGAGCCAGCAAGGUUCAAGAUAUAUAUCAUAAAAGCAAUCCCUGAAGAAUCAAGUUAUUCAAACAAAAAAGAAUCUACUGAAAGCACCGCUGCAUUGGAGUCUAUUACAGAGGAAGAUCUGCCUUCUUCACAGGAGCAGACUCUGAAAACUAGAUCAAAGAAGCAAGCACAAAGAGCUGGAUCCAAGAAGCAAGCACAACAGCCAAAAAAACGACUUGAAAAAGAGAGACUUUUACGUUAUCUUGCCUGGAUCUCAUCUCUCGAUGCAUUUUCUGGAAACAUUCUUUGACAUGUAAACAAGAUGUUCAAGUUUGUUAUUCAUACAAGUUGGUAGUCGAUGUGGAUUGUUUUGCUUACCCUUAAUGAGAUACGAGUAACAAAACCGAGUUAUUUGUGGCUUUUUGAUG